AUCCGUGCAUAUAAUGCUUAGGAAACUUUGUAGAAAGCCCGUUAAAUGUAAAUGAUAUGACCAGUGGAAAUGUUAAUAAAAUAAGACCUCUAGCAGAGCAUGUUCACAGAGAUAAGCGGGGAUAAUGGUCUAAGUGAUAAAUAUGAGUCACUCAAACGAGGCUACUGUGAGCGGGGGCGAAGAGCCAACUGUGGCAUUCAGGCAGCAGCGUUUCCCUCUCCGCCUCGUCUGGUUCUUGUACAUGCAGGGAAAGAUCCAUCCGAAGCUCGGGAUAGAACUGAAUAUUUUUGCCUUGAUCUGAGCCUUGAUCUGAGCCGUGACAGCCUCAGAGCCCGGCCAGCGCCCCCACCACCAGCAGAAGCAGCAGCGCGCUGCAGGCAGGCAAAGAGGACGCAUUGCUGCACUUUGCAUCUUCUUUAUGGCGUUGCUUAUUUGGACGCCAGUGUCCCGCAGUGGCAGUCGACCGGCAUCGAGGGUUCAAGUUCCCCUACAAAGGAUGGUGGUGUCCUAAGAGCUGAGACAUGCCCUUUGUCUCUGCUGGAAACGUCGCUGGCUGCGCUCCUUGAGGGAAUCAAAGUUGGUGCAAUGGAGACUUCCGGGAGUGAUGCUGCUGUCACAUACUUAGAGAAAGCUGUGGAAAGAGAUGGGUAUUAUGAUCUGGAGCAUCUCCCUCCACUGCUGGAGGAUGAGGAAAAUGUUUCUCUGGCCGACAUUCUUUCUUUGCGGGACAGCUGCCUCAGUGAGGAGGAGAUGUGGGCCGUGUGUGCAGAGUGUGUCGUGGCCCUGCAGAGCAUCAGACCCACCCACCUCUUCUACACUUUAUGUAUUACACCAGACACUCUGGCCUUCAAUGCUCAUGGGAAUGUUUGCUUCAUGGAGCAGCUUAGCGAUGAUCCAGAUUGCUCCUUUGUCCCUCCGGAGUUUGACAACAUGGGCAGUACAUUUGAGGGCCAUAUUUACUCUCUGGGCUCCACAAUUUCCGCUGCACUGAACUUUGUCAUUGAGCCAGAGCUUGAGGCUGAGCUGGGAGAAGAAUUUCAGAAUCUGUUGCAGCAGAUGCAGGAGGAGAAGCCUGAGGACAGACCUGAGCUGGAGGACAUUCUGUUGCUGGCUGAAGAGCAGCUGUCUCACACUUCUUCUGCAGCUGUGUGCCGGAAAUUGUCUUCGAUGGGGCGAAGAGUACUCUCGAUUGAAUCAGUUUCAAACAUUCAAGAUGAACAAGAAGAAUCCUGGGAGGCAAGAUGGCAGUAUUCCAAAGCUAGAUGUCAUUUGAAAAGACUAAACUCAGAGGAUAAGACCAAAGACCUGUCGGACACCUUUGUGGCAAACAGUGUGUCCAGACAGCAGGUGUGCGGGACAUGGGACUCCUCUCUAUGGGCUGAGGAUAUGGAAAGUGAUGAGGCAGACACCAUGGUUCUGACAGAUGAGAUCGAUUGUCGGUCUUACAAUAGCUCCCCAGUGAAGAGGAGAUCCCAGCAGAAGGUCAGGGGAGCAAGGGGAGCCCUAAAUCGCUCCUGCUCGGUGCCGGACUCCAACAACCCCCCCUGUGUCUCCACUUCACCUCACGGAGAUAUAAGUAUUCCUGUUUCUGACCUCACAGAGAUAGGAGCGGAUGAACACUUGGGCUCAGGGUCUGUGUGGAGUAACAGACUUCAGAGGCUGAACCGGGGGAAGUCCUGUGAGUCCUACCCUCACAGUAGAACUCAGGACCAGGAGAAGGCAUCACAGGGAAAUGAUAAUCUAGACUGUUGCACAGAGGAAAAUAAUUAUCAAGACUCUGGUAAAACCAUGUCAAGGGGCAGUAUUCAGGACUUUGUGUCCUCCUGUACUUCUUGCUGCAAACUGGAGAUCGUGCAAAACUCCUCGGAGGAUGAGGGCAUCACAAAACCCAACCUUUCCAUUUCUUAUAACUACAUGACCAAAAGCAUGCUGUGCCUCAAUGAAGAAUCUCAGGAUGAGUGGAUCUCUCUUAGGGAGCUACUGAUUCAUUGUGGACGGAGGCUUACGGUUAAUGAGCUGUGGGCUCUGUGUUACACCUGCCUGUCUUCAUUGCAAACAUAUACUGACUUUCCAGCUUAUUUAUGCCUGGACACAGUGUAUGUGAAUUGCAAGGGAGAAGUGAUUUUUCUAAAACCUAAAACCAUAGAAUCCCAUGAUGGGUUUUUUCUGGCACCUGAGUAUCAGGAACAUGGUAUUGUAACUGAGAAGGUCUGUCUGUCAGAAUUGCUUUUCCUUUCUUGUAAAUUAACUUCUAAGGUUCGGCUGAUUUUUGUUUUCAAUAUUUAUUUAUAUCCUGUGAGUGCUCAGGUCUGUGUGUAUGGAGUUGCUGCCAUCCUCUGGGCGUCAGCCAAGUUCAGCUUAUCACCUAAUCAAAAGCUGGUGAUGCCUCGUAAAAUGAAGAGACUGCUUUUGGAGAUGGCUAAAAGGACACCCAUGGAGAGGCCGACCAUCGCCACGGCUAAAAAGAGCUGCCUCUGUAAUCUGUCUCUUCAGGGGAUUAGCCCUGAGACUGUCUGGGGCAACCUCAUCAGCAGAGUUCACCCGCCAGCUUCAAAAGGCCACGAUGCAGAAGAUUUGAUUGAGAGUGAUAAUCACCAGUGCUCAACUGACGAACCCCAAAAAAACAGUGGCUUUGUGCCCAUGGCCACUGAGAGCCGACUGGCUCCUGUGCCUGGCCCUGUUCCCCACAGCUAUCCAGUCAACAUGGAACUCCAGCUCCCAGAGGCCUUCAUUUCCACUGCCACACACUUCACCCCCAUCAUCCUGACCAAUGAAAGGGAGAUGGAGGAGCAGGAGAGCCAGCAUCUAGGAACUGUCACUAUAGGGACAGCACACAGACUGACAAGGAACAGUGCUCAUGAUAUGGAAUGCUGCCUAGAUGCCCCUCAACAUCAGCAUCAAUCACCUUCCAAAGCCAAUCGACAUUCACAAAAGCUGACUGACUGUCACACAGUCAUGAGCACUUCUUCCAAAACAUCCAGCUCGAUACCUGAGGACUCUCCUUCAGUUCUCUCUGACGUUUCCCUCUUUGAAGUCUCUCUUCCCAGCCUCUCCUCCCCCUUAUCCACUAACCUCAACAGCUGUGGCAUUUUCAACAAUUACCUCUUUUGGCAGGAUCCCAUGACAGAAUGUCUUUCUUUGGUGCCCGUCAAGGUCAGAGCUCCUAAGUCUCUAAAUAGGUUGGAUAUAACCCCCUCUUUGAUCCCACAGUCUUUGAGAGGGCUGAUAACAGGUCAGAUGAGCAAUGGGGGUCUGUUUAUUGACCCUGUGAGCGGUACUGUGAGGUCUGGGACUCAGGAUCUAUUUUAUUUAAGUGGUAGCUCCGACAGCUCCCUGGAUCAUGCUUCACAUCAAGCGUGCUGUGGACAGACAGACACUAAAACACAAGGUGAAAAGGAGGCUCUCUUCAGAGAUCAACCUGCCCUGCAGGACGUGAUUGACCUGCUCAAAGGACAGUUUUCAACUACUGGAUGCUUAGACAAUGGCUGUCAAGACAUAAUCAUGGGGAAGUACCUUUUCACUCUGAAGGGACUCCAGUGCCAGCAGUUUGCCAGUGUUGUGAAGAAAAGAUUCUGUGAUUUGCAUUGGGAAGAUGACUUGCUGGGUGUGUUACAUUGCCUGGUGAACUACAGCUGUUCAACACUCACCCCAUGCCGAGAUUGUAAUGAGUACUCUCCAUCAAAGGCUGUGAAAAGGGCAGCCUUCACUACCGCUGCCUGCAGAGGGAAGACAGAAGUUUGCCUGCGCAGCUGUCUCGAUCUGAAUGGGAACAUUCACACAUCUCGCCCUGUUGCUGUUGGAGUAUGGGAGGGAACAGAGGCCCUGACUUUCUGUGGGGAAGAUGGGAAAGCACUUGAUGGUGCUGAAAUAAGAUUGGAGAAAAGCUGGCACUGGAUAAGUCAAGGUGGGAAGACAAACAGUUUAGAGUCUGGGGUUAUGGAGGCAGGAGGUCAUUCAGUGGGUGGCAGCGAUGAAAGCCCCUAUGAAGCUGAGUUUCUGUCAGGGAGAGAGGAAGAUCUGAUGGGAACCCACGAUGAACUGAUGAGUCCUGACUGCUCGGAGGACAUGGAGGACAGUGACUCGCUGGUGUCGGAGCGUCUCCUUUCACCCACAUCCAGAACAGCCUGCAUAGGCCUCAGCUUCAGCCCAGCCUGGUCUCUGGCUCUGUUUGGAGAAGAUUGUUUUGGUCAGGAGGUGAUUGAGUAUGCAUUGAAUCUGGGAAAGCACACAGGAUCGCCGGGCCUGGAAGUGAAAGUGCAGGAAGUGCAGCAGCAGCUGGUAAUUGAGACGAGGAAUCUGAAGAAAACCAGAAGUUUUUAUCAAAAGCUGAAGAAUCAACAAGAGAGAAAAAACAAAGGUCCUGAAAGCAAACUGAUGCUCUCAAAACUCAAGUCACAGCUUGAAGAACUCAGAUCCAAGGUGGCCUUUUUGGAUUGUGUGAAGAAAUACCUUGAGGUUCUCUGUGUUGAUCAGUGGGGUCUGGAGGUUUCUUUACUGCCCUCUCUGGCUGUGUGUGGAUGUCAUUCUUUGAACCUUCAGUCCACUGAAGACCCCACUGUUCUGAGCUUUGGUACCACUAAGGGGAAGAGGACUCUGCAGACUGGGUCUCCUCUGGGACUUAUGGCUUUCCUUUAUGCCAGAAAUGCUGCUGCAGAGGGCUACAUUCAACAGUUUCUGUACACGUACCGUUUCUUCUGCACUCCUGAGCAAUUACUGCAGUUUAUCAUGGAUAAGUUCAUCAGUGCUGCAAGGGAGGGCCCACCGAUGUCAGGGGACAGUCAAAGGAUCUUCCGUCGCAGUCUGGACCUUCUGCAGAUCUGGAUGACGGACUGCAAAUCAGUGGACUUUACACCAAAGUCAAGUCUUGUGGAUACGUUAGAAACAUUUCUAAAUACAGAGGUGAUUCCUGUUGACAACCAAGGUGAGGCCCUUCUUGCUAUUCUCUACAGCCACCCAAACACCACAACAUUAAGUCAAGUGACAGGAAAUCUAACCAGCCUGGAUGAGGAAGAUGACUCUGUGUGUUUGCAUUCAUCUAAUGAGGAUCUUAGCAAGAAGUGGAAGAUUUCACGAGUGGUGGAGCCUCCUCCUUCCAUGUCUAAAGAGAAGGUCUUCUCGAUUGCUGCAGCCCUGCCUGCACCUUGCUAUGGCUCCCUGAUGUACGACUUCUCCAACACUUGUAUGCAAAGUGAGGAGCGACUCCCAUUUAGCCAAAAGGAACACAGUGCACUGCACAUAGCCCAGCAGCUGACACUUCUGGAGCAGGAGGUAUUCCACGGAUGUCAUCCAGUUCAUUUCCUCAAGUCCAGAACACAAGGAGUCAAAGACAAACUUUGCAGCCCGAACAAGAACGUGUCACAGCUUUUUCCGCCAUCAGAGGGCAGCAGUGGACUUGGACAUGAGGGAACCCCGUCAGACAGUUUCCUUCAGCAGUUGCUCACAUACGCUGAGAGUGUCACUAACUGGAUCUCUGCAGAGAUAGUUAUCUGUGACUCUGCAAAGACUCAAAUUGCCUUGCUGACCAGGUAUUUGUGGAUAGGAAAGUACUGCUAUGAAAUGAGGAACUUUGCCACAGCCAUGCAGGUUCUCAGAGGCCUGGAGAACGUGAUUGUCAGGCAAUUACCAGCUUGGAAACAUCUGACUUCCAAAGUGUACGAGAUCCUGGAGGAGCUACGAGCUGUGGAGGUCUUUCUGAAGAGUGAUGACCUGUGUCUGAUGGGGGCAGAGCACAAAAGGACGAGGCCCACACUGCCAUCCAUUCACAUCCUGGCUAUGCAUGUACAACAGCUGGAGAUUGGUGCAUUCACACUCACCACUGGGGCUUACAAGUGGACCAAACUCAGGAACAUCGCGAAGGUUGUGAGCCAGGUCCAUGCCUUCCAGGAUGUUCUGUACCCCUACAGCUCAGAUCAGGACCUUCAGGCCUACCUGCGCCGCCGGAUUACCCGGUUUGCCACCACAGACAUCCACCUGCUGGCCACUGACAAUGAUGCCAACUUUCAACAGUCCAGUGAGCGCCAGACACGAAGGAUCCAUGACACGCUAAGGAGAGUGAAAGCUACCUUCCAGUAAAGCACGCCUUGGCAGAUUUUACACCACAAGGAUGCACUACAAGUCCAGGACAUCACCAUCUGUACAGAUUGCUUAUGUUACAAGGCUGUGGAAAAAUAUUUGCUCCCUUACAGAUAUCUUCUGUUUUUUGCUUCCUUGUCACAGAUGCAUGUUUCAGAUCAUCAAACAAAUUCAAAUAUCAGACAGAGAUAACUUAAUAAUGAUUUCAUUUAUUUUUGGAUAAAAAGCUUAGCAACCUGGCCAUAAGUGAAAAUGUAACUGUCCCCUGUGUAACUUAAAUAGAACCCGUGUGAAAACAUGAUGUAGAUAAAAAGAUCCUACAUACCAACACAUGAGGCCCUGAUUCAAAGAAAUUUAAAAAAAAACGUUUGCCCCAAGAGUUCAUCAUUGACAGAUCCAGGAGUUCACAAAAGAAACAAGAACAACUUGUAAAGCACAGCAGGCUUCAUUUGCCUUAGUGAAGGUCAGUGUUUAUGAUUCAACAAUAUGAAAUAAACUUGGCUAUAAUGGCAUCUUUGUGAAAGUUGAAAGGUAAAACCCAUUACCCAGCAAAAAAGACACAAAGCCUCAUGUUAUAUUUCCUAGAAAAAACAUCUUAAUGAUCCCAGAGACUUUGGGCAAAAUAUUGCAUAUUGCAUGUAACUCGUUAAAUCUGGUUUGCAGCAUUUCAGAAAAAGAACAUCCUACCAACAGUCAAAGACCGUGGUGGUGGUAGUGUGGUGGGACUAUUUUCUUUGCUUUGUAUCAUAAAUUCUGCUCUGCAGCUGAAAAAUCUAAUGAAGAAUGUCCAGCAAACAGUUUGUGAGCUUACACUAAAGUGCACUUGGGUUAUGCAGAAGGACAGUGAUCUGAAGCACUCCAGGACGUUCACCACUGAACGUCUAGAAAAUAAAUAAAUACAUUCAUUAAUUCAUUCAUUUGUUAAUUUGUGGUGGGACUUUAACAAAUUCAUCUGAAAUAAUGAAUCUCAAAAGAAAAUAAUGCAUUUAAUUUCACUGUGAAAUGUAAAACUCUAUGCCAUCUGAACUAGUGCUUGAAUAAGUAAAUAAUCUGUAAGAUGUUUAAGUGCAAGUGAAUGCAGCACAUGAUGAUCUUUGAGCUACGUAGCGCUCCUCCGACUUGAUCUGUUUGGCUGUUGGUGGGGUUCAAGCGAACAGGGUUGAGGGCAGUACCAUUUAAUGACAACAUUAUGUGGAGUGUUAGUAAGGUUGCACAUUGUUUUUGAGAGUAAACCUAAAGAAGGAUUAUUCCUACAGAGUCCCAACAUUUAACAUCUAAAGCCAGAGAAUAUAUGUGGCAGACUGAGACAUCCCAAAGAGGUGAAAGGAAAAAUAACUGAACAUGUGUCACUGUUGCUAUGCCAGCAUGUUUUUGAUCAGGCUUGUGUUUUUUUCUGUUUCACUUUAUUGACUACUAAAAAUCAGGUUUCUACUAAAAUUCAGUGACUGUAAAAAGUGACACAGAAAGAGGUUGAACACUUCUGAGAAAAAGACAUUUUGAAAACUGCAUCUGGAUCUUAAUGGAUGAGGAAACCACAGCAUGAAAGCAAAGCCACAGAAUUCUAGUUUUCACUAACUCAAGGUGGAAAUUGUUCAACAUCUUGAUAGAAAUUUUACAAAUGUAUUUAUUGAUUUAGUUACUAAUCAAUAUUUACUGAAAUUGACAAACGCUGCUUGUUGUGUCAAAUAUUACUAUUUGAUUAAAAGGUGAUAAGUCUUCAUUAAUUAAUUACAAACCCUCUAAUUAAUUUGAUAAUUUUUUUAAAUAAAUAAAUACAAAAUGAAGAAAUUUGAAGUGGCUUAGCUAAAGGUCGAGAGCUAAAUCAAUUGGGAUGUUGUGGCAUGACCUUAAACAGACUAUUUAUGCUCAAAGAUGCUCCAGCAGGGCUGACAAAGAUCUGAAAGAAUUGCUGUCAUUUGUCGUAACCGCUUGAUGGCAGUUGUUGCAGCCAAGGGUGGUACAACCAGUUAUAAGGCUAAGAGGCAUUCAUUUUUUCACAUAUUGACUGUUUGGUGUGGAUAGAUUUUUUCCUCAGUAAAUUAAAUCAUUAUUCAGAAACUGCAUUUUGAAAUUAUUUUGUUUAUUUUUGUCUAAUCCUAUUAUUUUAGAUGAUCUGAAACAUUUAAGUAUGGUAAAAAAAAAAAAAAGUCAAUACAGAAGAAAUUUGCAAAUCAUCAGUACGAGUUUAAGUUCAAGGCAAAGUUAAAUUCAAACUCACACUCUUAUAUUUUUACAAUUCAUUUUGAUUUGUAUUUUUUUGUUUGUUCUCAGGCUGCACAGUGGAGCAAUUGGUAACACUGUUGCCUUGCAGUAAUAAGGUCCUGGGUUAGGCUUGCGGUCUUUUUGCGUGGAAUUAGUAUGUUCUCCCUGAGCAUACAUGGAUUUUCUCCAGGUGCCCCGGCUUCCUCCCACAAUUGCUUAAUUGGAGUGUCUAAAUUGUCUUUAAGUGUGAGUGAGCAUGUGUGUGCAUGGUUGUUUGUCCUGAGUGUCUCUGAGUUGCCCUGUGAUGGACUGACGAGGUCCAGGGUGUGCCCCGCUCCUCCUCCAGUGACCGCUGGAGAUAGGCACCAGCCCCCCCAAUGAUUCUUCUGCAAUGAUUCUUCCUCCCUUAUUCAUGCUCAUAUCUGCAUAUUUUUGUAUAGUGUAUUUAAUUUGUUUAGUAUGCUCUCUCUGUAAUCUAAUGUGGACUAAACAUGGCAGCAUUGUGAAAUGCAUGUGGAAUUAAAGGAUACUGAUGCCCAAAAAUCACACCUUACUCAUGCAGUAAUGUAAAAGUAUGACUUUUGCUUGGGAUUGACUCAGCUAAAGCACAAUAUCAGCAGUUAUGUUUUUGUAUUAUGCAUUUAUAAGCUAUGCUUUAAAUGGAAAUGGCAGUUUGUUCAGCAGUCCUUCACUUUUUCCAUGAGCAUCUGUAGAACCAUUGAGCACCAUUAAACCAGUUUUGUGCUAUAGUGUGUUUUGCAAUGCAUGAUUUUUGCCAUUUUUACUUCAUGUUUUAAAUUAAAACUCACAAUGGAAUGUCAUUUCCUAUCACUAUGUGUUAAUUGUUGGAUGAGCUGCAACCUCUUUAACCUUAAGUCAGUCUUUAGUUUAAUCAAUAUCUUGUAGAUAUACACAGAUUUUCUAUCUCCUGGUUUUUGAAACUUUGACCUGUUGAUACAGAUUUUAGUUGAUAACAUUUUCUCUUAAAUGCUUGUAAUUCACAGAUUUCAAAUAUUUUUCUUGUCUUUGUGCAAUGACAAGAUGGACAUGGUGUUGAGAUUUUAAGCUGUGUUUAGCAUCUUAUAUUAGCUUGCCUAACUGUAAACUGCAGUCUCAGCCUGAAGAAACAGCUGACACGUUUCCAUAAAAACUAAAUUUUAAGUUUAAAUAACUUACAAUUUUUGGGUUUCCUCUUAAUUAAUCUUAAACACCUUACUAAUACUGAAAAAGGUAUAAUUAAGGCUUCUUUCUUUACUGACAAAUUCCACACUGAAGAGCGUUGCUGCUAGCCUGACCUGUUGGUAUGAUGCGAUCUGUGACUUGAAUAAAGAAGAGGGGAUUUUUGAGUUUCUAAUGACCAGUCAGAUGACAUUUUAGAUGUUACACCAAAAAGUGAGACUAUCUGGAUAUUAUGACUCCAGAGGGCGCUGCUGCUUGUGUAUGACCUAACCUGUGCUUAAAGCCCCACUGACAGUAGAUAAUAAUAAUAAUUUAGACUUUCUUGAUCUCACAAUGGAGAAAUUGAUGCAGAACUGAAAAAAAAGAUUGCCCUGUAUUCUAACCUGUAUAUGAAAAUGUGAUCAUACUUUAGUUUAAAACAAAAGUUUUAGUUAUCAAAUCAAACAAAUUAGGUGUAUAAAGUCCCCCAGAAAUACAAAUUGUCUAUUAACAUAAGAAGUUCAGUGCUUGUUGUCAUAUCAGUGAUAUAAUGUUGUAUAGGCAGGAAGCAGAGACUGGGAAGUCACAAAUAGGAUAAUUUAUAGUAUUGUCACAUUUUCUGAUAAGAGCUAUCAGACCAUGAUCUUGCCUGUAAUUUACUCCCACUCUUAAUGUCAGUUGUAAACGUUUUUACAUCAUGUUAAUAAAAGAAAGUCACAUGACAAAUCAUUGGUCUAAGUUUAAAGGAGUCAAAAUUGACUCAUUAUUAAAAUGGUGAAUGUA